AAUUCCCAAGUGCUGAGUCCGGCUCACCGCCUCCUCCUUCUUUUCGUUGGCGCUGUCGGUGACGUACUGAAACAAAUGCCUCACGAAACUUUAGUUUGCGGCGGAAUCAACGACACACCAACACCAGUGGGCAGUUCACACGGACGCGGGUACUCAGCUACGAGGCACACAGAUACUGGGACACAGCAACAAGUAUGAAUGAACGAGCGGUCGCCGCCGCCUCUGCCGACGCCUCAGCCGGCGUCGCCUGUAAGUAUCUGCUGGUUACCCUGGGUUUCUUAAGGCCUAAACUAUGAUUGUCCACGAAAUUGGCAAGGCGAAAAGGUGCUCCAACAUCAUAAUCCUGGGGAUCCGGAGAUGGCAGGCCAGUUCGAGGCUCUGGGAGACUUGGUUCGAUGAACCAAUUAGAUCAAACAACUUACACCACCCACGUACACACACACACACCUUUACUGGGUGCAACAAUACAACAACAGAGGAGAAGACUGCGAGAACAACAAAAAAGAAUUCUUUACGAGCCUCGCUCCGGUGCACGGUCAUCAAGUCAGCUCGUUCAACAUUCAAGAGGCAUCGAUGAUAAUAUUCAUUCAUUUGAUCAAACCGCCGACGAUGUCGAGGACGGAGAUGCAGACGACGAUGGAGACGACUUUCAUUAUGGGCCUGGGUCUAAGCCUCAACGUGCCCCUGCAGUUCCCCCAUCUGAACUCCCUGCCCAUCAUCAUCAACCUCCUUCUACUGGGAGGCCGCCCAAAACCAAAACCAGGCAGUCCAAAACCAAAGUCAAGAACGGCGGGGGAAGUACAAAAACAUAUUGCCAAAGUAGCAGCAACAGCAAAAGCAACUACGGCAACAUCAUCGGCCAACAACAGCAACACGAAGAAUCUCAACAGCAGCAUUAUGCAUCAUUACACUGACAGAAAAAUAGGGAAAGCGAGUGCCACAAGAGGAUUUCGAAAAAAUAUAAAGGACACUAAAGAUCAGUAAUUGAAACAAAUGGGUAUAACAUGAAUACUGAUGUGUAGAUUAUAGAGCUUAUGAAAGAUUUUACCUACAUAAUUCUGUUAGUAAACAUAUUCCCUAGAAAUAUUUUUGUGAUACACAUUAUCCUAUGUUUUAAGAUCGUUUUACUUGUGGUAACAACCCUAUAUCCAUAUAACCCUAUAACCUAUCAAUUACCUUCAUUGUACUUAAUUGAUACUUGUACUUAUUUGUAGGCAUUAAAAUUGAUGAGGAAAGGAAA